AUGUCUCAAGUUGCCCCUCCUGAUCUGUCCGGCGUGGUGGCGACGAAGGGCGAGGUGAUCCGCACCCCGCCGCCAGCACGUGAGAGGAGUACGCCUCGGAUGGAGCUGAGCCGCCCUAAGCAGGCGAAGCCGAUGGCCUCGAAGUCAGCCCCCGCUUCCAAGCCGAGCCUGGUCCGCCUGGGGGGGAAGACCGACGCGCUGGCGGCGGCCAUUCGCAUGCCUGGGGUACGCUCGUCCCCAGGCCAGCCUGCGACGUCGGCCGCACAUGAGCAGGUGGCGCCGGUCCUCCCGGCGGCACCUGCCAGCGGUGCCACUCAGGUGGAGACACCUGAUUACUACGACUGGAGGUCCGAGGCGUACUUGCACCAGCGGUUCCCCUCCGAGUACGCGUCGCAGCUUGUGAAGAUGAAGACCAGGCUGAAGCAGUACAACGAUGGCAUCAAUGACGUGCGGCACUACUGGGUCAAGUGCGAGCCCGACGACGACGGUGCUGCCACGCCUUGCAGGGGAACGGCUACCCCAAACGUGGCGGAGAUGCUGGAGAAGAACCUGACAGAGAUCUGUUCCGAGAUCGGCCUGCCCCUGGAGAAGAUCGCGUCGGCGUGCGGCUGCGCGUCCCUGUCCGCUCUGAUCGCCAAGCUCGCCGAGGGUGCCGAGUUCGAGGACGAGGAUGACAUGAAGCACGAGCUGGACACGUUGGUCCUUUGGGUGGUGGAGGGGGGCGAGAUGGCGUCGAGCGCGCCACGGGCCAAGCAGCUUGCUGCGGCCGUGCCGUUGCCCGUCGUCAUGGAGGGGUCCCAGGAGAGCAUGCGCAGCGACAUGGACGCGGCGCCUGAGUUCCCCGACCUCGAUGCCAUCGACUCGGCUUUCUGCCCAGAGGAAGCUGGCGCGCCCCCUGACGACGUUGGCUCGGCAGCUGGCGUCGCAAAUAUGCUGGCCACAGAUGAGGAGAUGGUUGCGCUGCAAACGAGCUUCUCGUGCAUGGAGGCGGGGGGUACCUACCGCAACUCUGUGACGGACCCAGAUCUGUAUGCGAAGUUCGGCAGGCAGGUCGCGAACAAAGAGAUCUUCCCCGCGGGCCUGAAGACCGAGUUGUCCACCAAGAAGAAGAAGACCGAUCUCUUCAACCUUUGGCUCGAGCAGGAUCAAGACAUGCAGCGCGUAAGUGUGGUCAUCCAGAGGCGCCUCGAGAAUGAGCAGAAGGGCGAAUCUGAGUACUCCUGGCUCAAGGCUCGGCAGAUCGUGGCGCUCGGGAUCUACGCGGAGGACGGCGUGAAGAAGCUCAUCGAGAAAAAGUUGAAGGAGAAACAAUACUUGAGAGAUGGCGAGUUUCCAGAGAAAGACGACGAGAACUACUACUAUGUCCGCACUGCCCUCAAGAAUACGAAGACGACCAAGCAGAUAGAUUCCUUGAGUGUCUCCCACGCGACCGAGACGGACACGCACGGGCUGCAGGCGCUCAUCGGUGAGGGCGGGGUCCUGAACGCCGACAUGCAGGUCCUCGUCGGGGGCGCCAGCAGCGUCGACGCGUUCGACCUCAGCAGCGUGGUGCCCGGCAAGAAGCAGCCGCCCCCGACAGGCGUGGAGCAGUCCACGGCCAACGUUGUGGCGUCGGUGACGCCCUUGCAGAAGUGCCUCGAGAUGAUGAAGGACAUGGGCAAGCAGAGGGGCAAUGCCGAACGCUUGGCGUUCGAGCUGGGAGCCUUCAAGCUGAGCACCGAGAUGGAGAAGCAAAUGGGGACCCACGCGUCCCGCAUGAAGGCGCUAAACCUCAAAGUCAUGGGGUGGACGAAGUGGUUCGAUGAGAGGCACGACGCGGGCAAGACCAUGGUCAACAGAAUCCAGAACAAACGCAAGCGGGAGGCAGAUCCCACGAAGCAGACGUCCGAGGGUGGCGCUGCAGCUUGGCCCAGCCCAGCUGUCGAUCCUCCAGGCAGCUUCGGGAUGCGCCCCCUGUCCCCGGGAGAUGCCAUGGCCCGCAUCCAUGCCGCAUCCAAUGGCGGAUCGUCCUCGAAGCUGACGCGGGCAUGCCAGCAGAUUCCCGGCCUCGACCUGGCCCUAGGUGCCGCGAGCGACCUGCGUCGAGCCCGCCGCUGCCCGACCGCGGGAUCGCGGCGCGUCUUGACUGCGCUCUCGAGGCGUACCGCGAAGAAACUUCAGGAGAACACGUACGGGGGCAUAGCCAACUUGUUCGACCUGCGGUGCGCGACGGCCGGCACGGCGACCAACCCCAUUCAGUUGCAGCUAGACGCAGCGGUGAUGGGCCACCUGCGCGAGCAGUUCUCCCAGGGCACCGGAGCUCCCGCGCGCAAGGCGGGCCCCCCCGGGCAUGGCGCAGGCGGCGCCCCAUCGCUCGCGCCGGCCCCUUCCGCGGCCGUUCGUUGCGUUGGUAGCGAGCGCCCUCGUCGCCCAGACCUUUGGGAUCGCGGCGGCCGCGACGCCCCAUGCUUCGCGAUCGGCGUCGCGGGGCGCGCGCGGGCGGGCGGCCUCCUGACCCGCCUCCACGCCGGCCGCGGCGCCGCGCUGCCGCUGCUCGACCUGGCGCGCGCGACCUGGGUUGCCCUGUUCUCCCUGGCCGCGGUCGACGCGAGCCUCGGCGCUCUGAGGCCGCCCGAGAAGAGCGGCCUCUUGCCCGCGCAACCGCUGUGGGCCCCCGAGAUCGCCCAGCGCCGCGCCCCCGCCGCAGCGGCCAGCAUCAACGACGGGAUCUUGAAGAUGCCGCCCAUCGGGUGGUGCGGGGCGUGCCGCUCGCAGCUGCUCGCGGUUGGGCGCGCGGACUGCCCGCGCCGGGAGCUGCCGGAGUGGCCCGAGGGCUACGGCAAGCUGCUCCGAUUCCCGUUUGGCAUCUCCGACAUGAAGGCCCUCAAGCAGUUUGCGCGCGCCUUGUGGCAGCCGGACGGCACGGCGGCCUCGCUUCCGGACGGCUGCACCGACCGGGGCUUCCACCACCGCAGGGGCACCAGGUCGGUGAAGUCCAAGGGAUCGCCAUCCACGAUCUCGACCGUGUCGACAGACUCGUCGCUGAGUAUCUGGGAGAGGUUGAUGUGCGAGGAGCCAGCGCCGACUCCGCUCGAUGCAUCACUGCGGCCAUUCCUGCUGGGAGUCCGUUCUCCCGCGUUGGCGAGCUCCAUCGCGAGCUCAUCCUUUUACGCCUUGGACGCCUCUGCUGCUGCAACAGCCGCCGCAGCUGUCGCUUCCUUGCACUCUUCGAACCAGCGCUGCGCCUCGCCCUCCGUAUCCACGCAGCUCUGGAGCCACGCCUGCGCCUUGCGGCAUUCCAACCCCCCUGACCGAGAUGGAAGCCUCGAGCAGCUGACGCUGCGGCUUGCUGCGGCCCCAAGGCCCCCCUCCUGCACCUGGAGCUCCGCCUGGCCAGUGCCGCUGGACCCGACACGAGUCCCGAGCUGGGUCGGGAGAGCGGGUCAGCAGGUGGGCGUGCACCCGGUCGGCGGCGAAGGGCACCGUUGGUCCGCCCAGCUGUGGGCGGACGCGCAGGAUUGGUGCCUUGCGCACGAUAACUGCACGGGCAUAAUGCUCUACGUGGGCGCCCACGCGAUGAACUGCCACUACUGGUGCGGACGGCCGCAGUUCUGCGACGGCCCAAUAGUUGGCGACGAGGGCACGGAGUCGAGCGGAGAGUGGAACCUCUUCGCGAGGGGCGGACCCGAUGGCGCAUGCGGCGAGGACGGGGCCAGCGAGGGCGCGUCAGACGUUGGCCGCCUGCCCGAGGCCGCGGGCGAGCAGUGAGCCGCCCCUCCCGCGCGGCGCGCGUGCCGUACCUCUGCGUGGAGGUUGGCUGCGUGGCGGUUCGAAGGUAGGAAU